CAGCCUAUUCAAGAAAAAAUUAGAUAUAUGAUCUCCUCAAACAUCGGGGAGGUCGCGUCCAUAUUCCUGACAUCGGCUUUGGGUAUUCCAGAAGGUCUCAUCCCAGUGCAACUCCUAUGGGUCAAUCUAGUUACAGAUGGCCCUCCAGCGACUGCUUUGGGGUUCAACCCGCCAGAUAAAGAUAUCAUGAAGAAACCUCCUCGAAGAAGUGAUGACUCGUUGAUCACUCCUUGGAUCUUGUUUCGCUAUAUGGUUAUUGGCCUUUAUGUUGGGGUUGCAACAGUGGGAAUCUUCAUCAUCUGGUACACGCAUGACAGCUUCAUGGGAAUUGACCUGGCUAGUGAUGGUCAUACACUUGUGUCGUACUCCCAGCUCUCAAACUGGGACCAGUGCUCCUCGUGGGAGGGCUUCAAGGUGUCGCCAUUCACCGCAGGAGCGAGGACAUUCAGCUUCGAUGCAAAUCCAUGCGAUUACUUCCAGGGUGGCAAGAUUAAAGCAACGACCCUCUCUCUGUCAGUCUUGGUGGCCAUUGAGAUGUUCAAGUUCCAAAUUAUCAAAGUGCACUUUCUUCAAAGCAACAAUCUUCAAGAUCACGGGCUCUGUAAACAUUACUAUAUGUACCCUGACCAAUAUGAAUAAACCAAAGAAUAAUUCUUGAAAACAAUUUCCAAGGCAAUAAAAUUUACAUGUGGCAA